AUGACAUCAGUACAUCCGAUUACUGUAGUUCGUGAACUUAUACAGUUUGGAUACGAGCCUUUCCCAACAACUUGUGGCCGGAAAUAUAUAUUUUUUGGAGAAGAAAUGGCAAUUCUUCCGAACAUCUUAAGUUACAUGAAACAACUCUCCAAGGCAAAAAAGUUUUCAACUCUAUUUAAAGGUCUUGAUUCUGCCAUCUGUGUGCAUAUUAUAGGUGGAACAGUUGAUGGAUACAUGUGGAAGUUUUUUGGACAAGUUAUGGGCGAUAUAAACACAGAUGUACGAAAGAAGCAGACAUUAUGCACUUCACUAAAAUUCACAUUACGGUCAGGGUUGGGCGGCUAACUGUUUUUUCGGCUAACAGCUAAUUCGGCGAAUUUGGAAAAAAACUCAAUCACCGAGAUACCCCUAUAUGCUGAAGUCUAUUGGAGCUUCAAACAAAGCAUUUUUGCGUUCCAAUCUUUCCAUUUGGAACCGGUCGUUAAAGCUGCUGCCAGAGAAACUAAACCGAUCAGUCUUUGCUUCCCAUUUAAAUGUUAUUCCCAUUUGUAAACUUAUUCCCCCAACUUGCUCCCCCAAACUAUACUAUGGUUUAUAGGAUCAGUUUAGGAUCUCCUACCCGUUGAUCAUUUUGUGAUACCAUUUAAUUUUCUUUUGACGAGAAUAACAACACAAUUUUUCACACAA